UGAGAGCGCGAUUGCGCGGCGGAAGUCACGUGAUCGUGGAGUUCAGGGGUCGCCGGUGUGCCGGAGAAAGAUGGUGGAGCACAGAGACGUCCGCGUGGUUCGCUGCGGCGGCAGUAAGAUAAGUUUCAGGGCGCCGAUAAUCAGCACCGACUCCAGGUUCCUGCUGUGUGCUUCUGGAGACUCUGUGAAAGUUUUCAGCACCACAACAGAGGAGUGUGUUCAUGUCCUGGAGGGACACACAGAUCAGAUCAGUGGAGUCGCCUUGAACCCGGCCAACCACCUUCAGGUCUUCUCCUGUUCUCUAGAUGGCACUGUGAGACUGUGGGACUUCACUGAUGGGAUCCUCAUCAAGACGUUGGUUAUUGGAUAUCCGAUAUUCUCCAUGUACGUCUCGGAGAAACAUGUUGGAGUCAUUUUCAUCAUUAUUCCCAUGACCAACGAAAAAAACACAGAGAGUUUCCAGUUGGUCGCUGUACAAUUGCCCAAGACUGUGGAGCAGGAAGUGGAGGUGACGGAGCUGUCGGCGGUGUUCUGUGAUAUUUCUCCUAAUCCCAGAUCUAUAGCUUUCGGCCGUGAGGGGGAAUAUCUGGCUGCCGUUAAGGGACUGCAGUUGCAGGUGUAUUUCUUCAGGAAGCAGAAGACAUUCAGGUUUUCUCUGAAGGCCACGGAUAAGAAAGGUGCCAGAAACGCCUUCACCUGUGUGGCCUGUCACCCUAAAGACGACUGCAUCGCUACCGGACACGAAGACGGCAAAAUCCGGCUCUGGAGAAACUUCAAUCAGAAGAAGGAGUACACGUACUCCACUCAACACUGGCACCACGACGCCGUCAACACCUUGUGUUUCACACCGGAGGGUACGCACCUGCUGAGCGGAGGGGUGGAGUCUGUGCUCGUCCAAUGGCAUUGCUCCGAGGUCAAUAAGAAGGAUUUCCUCCCUCGUCUGGGCGGAGCCAUUUUUCACAUCUCCGUGUCUGCGGACGGACAGACGUACAGCACGAGCCACUCGGACAACAAGAUUACGAUCAUCCACUGCAGCUUCAAAGUAUCAGCAGUAAUCCAAGGCCUCGUCCACGGAGAUGCCAUUCACACGGAGCUGAUGAUUGACCCACGCAGCAAAGCGCUGGUGCUGAAUGGAAAACCAGGCCAGCUUCAGUUUUACUCCCUACAGCGCGACAAGCAGCUCUACAGUCUCGACAUCGUGCAGCAGGAGUACAUCUACCAGGCAGGACUGGACCAGUUUGACGUCGUGAAGGCAGCAUUUGAUGCUCGUGGCUCCUGGUUGGCUACGGUUGAGGAGAGAAGCAGCAAAAACACCAAUGUUGAGUUUUCACUUAAACUCUGGGGCUUCGACGAGACGGCACAAAGCUUUGAGCUGAACACCACCAUAACAGCUGCCCACAAUGACAGGAUUACAGCCCUGUGCUUCAGCCCUGCCACAGAGACCACCAUGCUGGUGACCACCGCCAAAGACGGACAGUUUAAAGUCUGGCUGCUCGGGUCAGACUCGGACACGCAGAAGGAACAGGCCUGCUGGUCAUGUGACUUUGUAGGCAGCUACCAUGGCCUGCGUCCCAACAACUGCUGUUUCUCAGCCGACGGCUCUCUGCUGGCCGUGAGCUUUGGCGAGGUGGUGACUGUCUGGAGCGUGGACACCUGGGGGAUUUUGACCACGCUGUGCCAACCUCCAGGGGCCAUCAGGGAUCUCUGCUUUGGGCGUCUAAACUGUUCCAAGUACUUGCUCAGCACCACCACAAAAAAUUUGCUGUGCUGCUGGAACCUUCUCACCAGCUCACUGGAAUGGACCACGUCAAUGGAUGUGUGUAUGCUGCGGUCAGACCCUCUGUCUGAAAAUGUGGCUGCAUUCUGCCAUCACUCUGGAAACACUGACUUGUUUGUUUUCAAACCCAGUGAGCCGAGGCCCCUGUUCACCCAAAAGGCCGUGUGCUCAGGAAAAGUUCAGCGCUCUGCGUUCGCUCCAAGAGACGAGCCGCUGGAUAGCUGUGACGAGAGGACACAGUGGCUCAACAGAUCUCGCCUCUACUUCCUCACAGAGAACAUGGACUUACUGACCUUCAGCACCAGAACAGAGGAUGAGCGGAUCCUGAGCUCGAGGAAACAGCUGCUGGUUGAUGACAGUGUGGCAGUCACACCGUUUUACCUUUUACUGGGGAAACACAACUCGGCACAGGAGAAGAAAGACUCGGCUUCCAGUCAGACUCCUGAUAGAGCUCAGCUUCCUCAGGGAUCAGUCGCCAUGAAAGAGUUACUGCACACUCCAGCUCACGUGCUUCCUGCAGCCUCGGUCCUCUGCUCGAUGUUCGUCAAAUCUCUGCUCAUCUCCAACGGGAGCAGAAAUGAGAAGGAGCCUCUCGAACAGGAAGUAGAGAGCGAAAAGGAGGAAGACGAAUCAGAUGAGGAAAUGAAAACAAUCGAUCGUCAGCAAGAAAUCCGAUCUCUAGGUUCCGUCCUGGAGCCGAAACCGCAGCUCUCCAAAACGGAGGAAAGGGAAGUGAAGAGUGUGAGAGAGACUGACUUCAGCUGGAUGUCGAAUUAUGUCAACUCAUAGUUGAACACCAACCAUCACAACACACACACACACACACACACACACUAUGGUUCUAAAGGUAAUAAUGAAAAAUGUUGCAUAGGUCAUGUUUAUUCUGUAUAAAACAUUUGUGCCGUCUGUUUGAAUUUUGUAAAUGUUUUAUUUUGAAGUUAUGAAUCUAGUCGGGAUUCGGAGCAGUAACGGGUAACGAUGCCGUCUCACAGCACCAGGAUUCAAUCCAGAGCUCGGUUUAACAUCUCUGAAGUUUUACACGCUCUCUGUGUCCACAUCCGGGUUCUCGGGUUUCCUCCCAUAAAUCCCCAAUUUCCUCCGAAAUCUGAUUUUAAAAAUGAAUCUUGCGUGCAAAAUGUUCAGAGUCAACGCUGUUCCAGCCGAUCGUCAUACACACAAUGUUACUGUAUGCAUUUAGACUGAAUAUUGAUGACAGUAGAAUUUUGUACAUGUGAUUAUUUUUAAAUGGAGUUUUUUAACAUUUUGCCGUUCAUCCAUUAAAAAAAACUUGAUUCACAGUUUUAAAAUAAAGCAUCAAAAUCAUUUUCAAAUCCAAACAGCACGGACGUCAUCUAACACAAGAUGGCAAUCAUUUUCAGAUGAUGGUAAAUGUGGAUUUGAAGCUGAGGGAAACCGCAGCUGGUUUAUUAGCUUGUUUUAUCCACGUAGAUGUUACCGUAAAUUGUAAAGGAACAAAGGAGGACAUUGUACAAAACGGUCUGGUUUAUGUGGAUUGUAUCAAUGUGUUUGGAGAUGUUUGAGAAAGCUGUGUCUGUUUUUUGUAUUUCAGAAUUAGCCAUAAACACAUUUGUAUUGCCUGUAAUUUUAUUUAAAAAAAAAAAAAAAAGUUUUUUGGAACCAAAAAUGUUUUACUUCUUUCAAACUCCAGUUUCAUAAACACUCACAUUUUCUGAG